GCUUUUCUUAUCUUUGGUUGACCCAUGAUUGGUUUGAAAAUGUCAAAAGUCUCAUAAAAAGUGGUACUCCAACACGCUUUUUUCUUUUCUUGCAUACAUUGCCCGCUUCUGCUGUUACUGUAUAUAACCCAGUAGAGUAGAGCAAGCAAUUCCAUAACUCUAUCUUCAGCAAGAGCCUCCAAAAAAACUGCUUCUAUAUAUCGUAUCACUGACCUUGGUCUCUACCUACCCAAUCUUCUUCCUUAUAUGCACACUCACAAGCUUGAAGAGAUUAGUGAAGGCUGAAAAAUGGACGAUGAAGUUCCUCAGAAUAAGUUGGAGGAAACCUCAACUUGGGCUGUUGCUAUUGUGUGCUUUGUGAUGCUUACAAUUUCAAUCAUCAUAGAACAUAGCAUUGAAUCUCUUGGAAAGUGGUUAAAAAAGAAACACAAAAAGGCUCUUCAUGAAGCGCUGGAAAAGGUUAAAGGAGAGCUUAUGCUGCUGGGAUUCAUAUCAUUGCUCCUAACGAUGUUUCAAGAUCACAUUGCUAAUAUCUGCAUCUCAAAACAAGUUGCAUCCACUUGGCAUCCUUGUUAUCCUGGUCAUAAGGGCAAAGAUCCAGAAGGAUAUUUUGAUAAAUGCGCAAAAAAGGGUAAAGACAAAGUUGCUUUUGUGUCUAAAUAUGGGAUUCACCAGCUCCAUAUAUUCAUCUUUGUGCUUGCUAUUUUUCAUAUCCUACAGUGCAUCAUAACACUAACUUUGGGUAGAAAGAAGAUGUCAAUUUGGAAGGCGUGGGAAAAAGAAACAAGGACUCUUGAACACCAGUUCCACAAUGAUCCCCACAGGUUCAGGUUUGCUAGGGAAACAACGUUUGGACGAAGGCACUUGACCGCAUGGAGUCGAUCACCAAUUUCCUUGUGGAUAGUUAGCUUCUUUAGACAAUUUUAUGGAUCAGUUAAUAAAGCUGACUAUUUGGCAUUGCGUCAUGGAUUCAUUAUGGCACAUCUGGCUCCUUCAAGUGAAGCAAACUUUGAUUUCCAGAAGUACAUAAAGAGAUCACUUGAAGAGGAUUUUUCAGUUGUAGUGGGAAUAAGUCCAACCAUAUGGUUCUUUGCAGUGCUAAUUUUGCUCACAAAUACUCAUGGGUGGUAUACUUAUUUUUGGCUUCCAUUUAUCCCAAUAACUAUAAUCUUGCUGGUGGGCACAAAGCUACAAAUGAUCAUAACAAAUAUGGCACUAAGGAUUCAAGAUAGAGGAGAAGUGGUCAAGGGUGCACCUGUUGUUGAGCCAGGAGAUAAAUUGUUCUGGUUCAAUCGCCCUCAACUUGUCCUCUCUUUGAUUCAUCUUGUUCUUUUUCAGAAUGCAUUUCAGCUAGCUUUUUUCGCUUGGAGCACAUAUGACAAUGACUUCAAAAUAAACAGUUGCUUCCACCGAACUACGGCAGAUAUCGUCAUUAGACUUACAAUGGGGGUUGUCACCCAAGUUCUAUGCAGCUAUGUGACUUUGCCACUUUAUGCUCUAGUCACACAGAUGGGUUCAACCAUGAAACCAACCAUUUUCAAUGACAAUGUAGCAGCAGCACUAAAGAACUGGCACCACACUGCUAAAAAGCAUAUUAGACACCACAAGGAUUCUAAUUCUAACACACCAUUCUCAAGUAGGCCAGCAACCCCAACACAUGGUAUGUCACCAGUUCACUUGCUUCACAAGCACGCUGGCCAUAGUGAUAGUCCAAUAGCUUCUCCGGGGGAAUCAUACAAUUAUGAAAAUGAACAUUGGGAUGUUGAAGGAUCACCUUUCUCUAGUAACCAUGCAAGAGAUCAUGAAGAGUCUAUUCAGAUGCAACCUAUAACAACAGAAUUGCCUCCUAGGGGACUCCCUCCUAUUCGAGCUCAACAUGAAAUCAACAUGGGUUUAUCUGAAUUUUCAUUUGGGAAGGCACACACUAGUAGAAAUUAGAUGAUAUUGAAUGUUUCCAAACUCUCAUAGUUUAUAGCUUCAAUACGUAUACAUUACAUCAAUGUUGUAAAUUAAACAGAAGCAAUUUUGUUCUCUGGUAUAACUUGAGGAUGAAGUUCCAGUGUGUCAAUUUGAAACAUAAAUAUAAUCAGUAAUUUUUCCC